CUGCAUUUUUUACGCAACAGAGGGAAGAGAGAAGGCCUAGGUGAGCGGUUUCUGAUUGAAUUUUGAACCAAAAAUGUGGAAGCUGAAGAUUGGAGAGGGCGUAGACGGAACCUACCUCUACAGCACAAACAACUACGUAGGGAGACAGACGUGGGAAUUCGAUCCCGACGCCGGUACCCCUGAAGAAAGAGCCCAAGUGGAGGAAGCUCGCCAGAAUUUCUACAGGAACCGCCGCCAGGUUAAGCCUUGCAGCGACCUCCUCUGGCGAAUGCAGACUACGGCGAGAUUAGGGUUCAAGCUCACCACUUGCAUAUUGGGGCAUGAGCUCAUCACUGGCGAGAUUUGGGUUUCCUACUUCAAUGGACAACCCAAAUCUGGGUUCUUGUGGCUGAUUUGAGUGCCCAGACAUCUCUAGGUUCUCCUCUGCCAAGAUUAUGCCUUAUAACAGAAGAUCAACUCUUUGUUUCAUCUUCUUUCUUGCGAUGGGAUCAAGAUUGUUAAGUUUUUGUUUGGAUUUGUUUGGAAGGAGAAAUGGAAUCAUUUUGGGAGCUGGAAGAAACUGGUGGUAAAGAAUUAUGAACAAGAACAAAAAACAAAUGAGAAGAUUGAGAGGAAUUUAAUGGGGGUUUCGCCAUGAUCAAUUGCUUAGGUAGGGAUUUUGUGGAUGUGCAUUUGGAAUUUUCUUCUCAUGGGUUCUUAAUCCUAUAAAUUUUGUAGUCUUUUCCUUUUCUUUUCUUUUUUUUUUUCUUUCCGAUAAUGAAUUUCUCAUAAUCGUCAUUGAGUUUUGAAUCUUUUUGAUGAAUUGGAGAACAUGAUCAGUCCAAAUCUAUCCUUGGUUUGAAUAUAGAGUUGAUCCUUUGAUGUUGUUUGACUUUGCUCGAUUUGGAGUUGAUUUGGAUUCUUGAAGGAUUGUGCACUUGAAGGCAUCGCAGAAAUAGAUGAUCUUUGCCAGAGAAGAAGACUGGAAUAGCGAAUUUUUUAUGAGUUUGAUUCCCUUUAAUUAAAUCUUUAAACUUGC